CCUCUGCCUGUACACAGAUAAGAGUUAGGACACACACACGGGAAUCAGAUGGGCUCAGACGGCAGAGACAUGCUUCACCUGGACAUGGAUCACCUGCUGCUGCUGCUGUGGAGCUCAGGACUCCAGGCUGAAGGAAAACACAACUCAACAGAAUCUAUCAGGGUGGUGGGAGGAGACAGUCGCUGUGCAGGAAUACUGGAGCUGGAACAUCUGGGAGAAUGGAGACCAGUGUAUUACUUUGAAAUGGACCCUGACUGGACCCUGAAGACAGCAGCUGUUGCCUGCAGAGAGUUGGGCUGUGGCUCUGCUGUUAGGAGAGAGAACAAAGUCCUCAGACAGAUCUGUGUGGAGGAUCAGCUCUGACUGUGUUCAGCCCCAAUCUGCUCUGAGG